AUGGCGUUGAACCCGCAAGUAUUUAACCUGGUGAUCAUCCUUGUGAUGAUGCAGGUGUCGAAGAAAAUCCCCUUCGACAACCCUUCUGUGCUGUUGGGCGUGCGCUCUAUGUAUGUCGUUUCCAACGUCUUGAUCAUGGCGCUGUACAUGUAUGUGCGACACCAAAUAAUCAAGAAGAAAGACCUCAGAACCCUCAAAUACGUCGAGCCCCCUGCUAUGGGAUCGGGUGAAGAGCCGCGGCCCGUCAUCACCACCGUCCAGGACUACGACAAGCAGCAACUCCGCUCUCUCCUCAAGGGCCAGCUGAUGGGCGUGGGCAUGAUGUGCGUGAUGCACCUGUACUUCAAGUACACCAACCCGCUAGUGAUCCAGUCGAUCAUCCCCUUCAAGACCGCGCUCGAGGGCAACCUGGUCAAAAUCCACGUGUUCGGCAUGUCGGACAAGGGCGAGCUGGAGCGGCCGUGGAAGGCGGCGGGGGGCCUGCUUGGGAUGGCCCAGGGCGAGGUGAAGAAGGAUCGCGCCAGUGUCGAGUCUGCGGAGAAGAAGUGGAGAGGCGGUGCAAAGGAAGAGUAG